AUGAUUCUAAAGUGCGAUGAACGUCACCUCGCCGUAUUAAUAGCGCUUUUUUGUUUCCUCGAGAAGAGUGAGCCAGUAACCGCAAAAAGACCAGGCGAGCGCUACAAUUGUAGAUAUAGGUUAUCACUUAAAAGAGCAAUUUCACCUGCUAAGCGUGAUGGAAUCUUGUUUUUUAUCGAAAAGACGACGACUAUGUCCGACGCUCAUACCUUGAAUGGAUUUCUUUCGUUUGUCGCACUAUAG